AUGGUGGCAUUGGCACAAGACGUUUUCCAACUAAGGACACUCAUGAACUAUGUCAGUCCUAAUGUGUAUGAAUACAUUGAGAAGUGUGUGAAUUAUGAUACUGCCAUUUCCACUUUGGAAAAGUUAUAUAUUAAGGCACCUAAUGAAAUAUUCACCAGGCAUGUACUUGCUACUCACCAACAAAAGGUAGGAGAAACUUUAGAUAAGUUUUUGAGAGAAUUGCGUAAAUUAGGCGAGGACUGUGACUUAAAGGCAGUUAGUGCAGAACAGAACAGAGAAGAGCUGAUCAGGAAUGCUUUUAUAAAUGGCCUGGCCUCACCUAUGAUUCGGCAGCGUCUACUUGAAAAUAAAACUCUAGACUUACAGGCAGCUUACGACCAGGCUUACUACUCUUUAGACCUUGUGCAACGUAAUGCUAGUUUUUACAGUCACAUGCUUCCUCAUGUUGGGCAUACUGCUGCUGUGGUUACCCCUGAUCAUGCUCUUAUUGCAGAUGAUCAUGUGAAGAGUGGACCAACGUCUGAGAGCUGUGAGGUAACUGCUGGAAAUCAAGUGUUAGCAGCUACUCUGUCCAUGAAGAGAAAGUGCUUUUUUUGUGGAGGUCCCUAUCAUAUUCGUGCAGUGUCCAGCUCGGGAUUCCAUUUGCAAUAA